AUGAAGUUCUUCCAUAGGAAAGCCAAGUCUGAUUCCACGACCACGGAAACUACUACCACAGAUGACAAGAAGACAGAUGUAAAGUCUCAGAAAGUGACGACAUCGGGGUCAACUUCAGAACACACUAUUUCCACGACAUCCACUGAAGAAGAACUUCCUUCCGCUACAUCCACAGACCAUUCUACUUCUAUUGAUGUUAAGGCUCUGGUGGCCGCAGAAAAGUCAAAGCUACAGAAACACAAGAACCAAACCAAGUACUUGAUUCGAUCACUAGAAGACGAAGAUGAGGAAACGAAAAAGAACACGGAGAUAAACUCCUUGUUGUAUGGUACGAGCAGUGAUACAGUCGACAUGUACAAGCUUCAAAAUAGUUCGUCAGAUCUUCUUGGAAGACUUUAUUACGAUGAUUACGAUUCAGACUUGACUCCAACAGUUUCACUUACCCCCGUUACCAGUGGAGAAACCAGCGGUGGCACAAUCCCUUCCAAUGAGUAUAUUCUAGAACGGAUAAAGUAUAGUGGCAACAAAUCAACGGCUUCCUCAACAUCAGAUAUGUUUGGCGGUGGUACUGAUACAACUAUUCUGUCUCCUAAUCCUCGUCAUCCCGGUCAUCAUAAAUUGAAACGGGGAAUCACGUUUGAUGCUUCCACAAACAACCAUCACAGCACCAUUACGUUGAAGCUGAAACACGAGCACUUCAAGUUCAGAAGAAACAACAAGAAUUACUUGGUGGGGUUUGCUGGGGAUCUGACAUCGUACAAGGCCAUCGAAUGGCUCUUUGACGAGAUGAUAGUCAACGGAGACACGUUGAUUGUGUUGCAUGUAUUGGAUGAUAAGUCUCAUCUGACCAUUGACCGUGAAAAGGCACAAUUGAUUAUGAACCAAAUCCAACUGUUAAACAUUCGUGAUAGAAAGAUCGCCAUAGUAUUGGAAUUGGCACUAGGCAAACCCAUGGUCUUACUACGGGAGGCGGUCGAGGAAUAUGAUCCUCAAAUAAUGGUCAUUGGGUCAAAACAUUAUAAUGAAGCUUCUUCAGCUGAAACAGGAGGAGGUGCUCAUCAUAGAAGAGGAUUCAUGUCCAAACAAUCAAUGUCCAAACACUUUUUGGAAUGUGCAUUGGUCCCGGUGAUCAUCAUCAAAUCCACUUAUGUUCAUGAAGACGAAUUAGUGAACCCCAUUGAAUCAGAAACCUAUUUCCAAGAUUGGCUUAAGCAAAUUGAUUUAACGGGCACCUAUAUGAAAGAGAAGAAACUGUUAAGUAGAUUUCUUAGUCCUUCAUCUUCCAAAACAGAUUUAACGUCCUUACGGCCCACCCAUUCUGCUAAGGAUAACUAUCUUCGUCCGUCUCUUUCCAGAGACAACCUGUUACUAUUGGAACAAGAACUUAGAGGUAGAGAUUUAUUGUCCCCUACUAAUUCAAGACUGUCUAGUCGUUCCAGAUCACAGCAGAGAUCUAAAGCCACCUUUAGCUUAUUCCAUCACUAG